GUGGCCGCGGCUGCCCGGUCGCGUGGUGGGCGCAGGGGCCGAGCGCUUCCGGCCGCCUGCCUGCGAGCAUCAUGCGGGAAGGCUUGCUGGGCUGGCCCGGAGCUGCUGCUAGGCCCGGCGGCCCGGCCUUGAGUACCAUGGAUUUGGUGACCGGGAUGGAAGUUGGAGCGGAAAUCGAAGUGGCUGAAGACGGGACCUUGGAGGAAUUGCCUCUGCACUUGGAAAACGCCAAGAACUGCCUCUCCUGGGAAACCUUGGACUUUUCGAGCAGCGACGAUGACGGAGAGGCGUACAUGACCUUCUUUCUACUCAGGAGGUUUCCCGGCCUGCACCACGCCUCGCUCAGCCAGCUUCAUCUGUACCUCCAGCAUUAAAUCGCUGGCUUGUGAGAAACGGGUCCCUCCCUUGCACCCCUGCCCCAUUCGCACAAUCGCCCCUCCUUCCCUCGUGUCGUAUCGCUCGAGCCUACCAGUGCCCUGCGCCUUCCAGGUGUUGGCGAAGAGCGGCACUACGCCCAGCACUGCAAGACCACGCUCAAGAGGAGGUCAGCCAGCGCUGGGUUGCCGUGCCCGGGCCGCCCUCUCCCCGCAGGCUGCGCCAGCCUCGAGGCGGCAACGGCUCCUUGGCGGCCGCAGCAUUUUGCUGGCACAUCAAGUGGCACCUGUGCUUGCGCAGGCAUCCGGUCUGCCGCAAGAAGGGCUGCAGGCGCCCUCUCAGGUGUGUCCUAUGUUUACAAGCCUCGCCAGCUGGCAACCAGCUGGGGCAAGGACAGCUCAGCCCUUCCGCCACCCAGGAGAACGCUGAAAGCUAAGAGCAUCCAGGUGCCUGUACAGAGUAAGCGGAAGGGGGCCCCGCAGCCGGUGUUGCGUCUCGCCGAGGCCUUCGGGUAAGGAGGAGCUGCUGAUUCCCGCCUAUCCGGAAAAUUCCAUGACCAUCUUGGACAGCGAGGUUGGGGUCAGCAUUCUGCAUCCGUGGCAGAAGAAGCAGGAGGCCAUCUUGGAAGGACAGGUCGCCGAAGGGCUCUUCCAGCCCGCCAUAAUCAACGCCGAAAACCAGAUCAUCAUCUUGGGCAACGAGGAGGCUGAGGUCAGGCCUGUUGGGCAGGAACACCACUACGCGGAGUUACAGACCGCCCUGUUCGAAAACCAGACGAACGUCCCGAGGCCCGUGUUUUUCAGAGCCGAGGAGCAAGCUGCUAUACUGGACACUCAGGUCAACGUGGGCGCUCUUCAGUUGGGAGGGGGCAAGGAGCAGGCGGCCCUCACGUCAGGGUGGGUGGGCACGAACCCUUGCACCCUUUACAGGACUGUGCUCCUGCAGGCGGACGAGCAGGCCGCCAUCUUGGACGGCCAAGUGGAGGCCAACCCGCUCCAGCAGGUGAUCAUUAAGACGUCGGAGGUCUCGCCCACUUUGUUUGUGGACGCGGAACCACACUUCUCCUCUCUGGACUCGGCGACCCUCCAGUUCGUCCCCGUGCAUUCCGAGCCCCAGUUUGUCACCAUCCCCUACGGGAACUCCCUGCCUACGGACCACACCUAGAUUCGAUACAGCAUGCACCGGGAAUCUCCAGCCACGCACUUUCCAGUUCCUGCGCUACUGCCGAAAGGCACCAGCAAAAUAAGCAGUUGUCCCCUACCGACACCUCCUGCCCUUCGCCCAAAGGUUCCUUUGCAGGGUUCGCUUUGUCCCCAGCCUCGGUUAUCCGAGGUCUUGGACCUGGAGCACGACACUGAGGGGUAUUCCGGUAGCCUCCGAGCCGUGGGAAGCCAGUGUCGGGACCGGACAGGAGGCCUACACUACCGAGGAGGCCGGCGAGGAUAACUUCAUCAUCAUGGAGGUAGAGGCAGAGUCUUGCAACCAAUCCCUUGCUGUGGUUCCUACCAGGAUAACCUCCUCGCCCGGCCGACCCCAUCGCCCGGGGCUCUCAGCCAGAACCACAUCCGCGCCUAAGUGCCUGACUGCGGCGCACUACAGCCGACUGUCGUGAAGCUCCGCUUCCCCACCAGAAGGGGCCAAGCGCCCAGCGAGCCUGUGCGACGCGCUCUUCCUUCCGGGCUCAAGCCAUCUCCUGCGCACCAGCUGCUGCACCUGAGGGAAGCUCAGUCUGGCGCCCACUCAUGGAAAUCCCUCAGCGACACCAAGGCCUGGCCAGGCACUGCACCUGCAACUCCUCGCCCGUCCGCUUCGCUGCCACUGCGGCAUCACUUCCAGCUGCCUGUCCCACCUCUGGCACCAGGUGAAGAGUUUGCAUGCCCAGCCUGCGAAGUUUUCUACACCCUGUCGGGCCUCUCCUCAGGCUGGAUGUAAGGGACUCCUCAGACGGAAGAGGGAGGCGUGGCGCUUCACUGAAGGAACAAUGUGGAGCUUCACUGGAAGUUUGAAGGAGAGCUGUGGUUUCUCCGCCAGGUCUGGUUCGGAGGAGGAGAGACCUCGAGGGCGUUUGUUUUUUUUCCUUUGAAGGAACGUUCGGCAAAAAUCCUUUGCUCGUUUUGGAUGCUAAAUCGGUUUCUCUUGGGAUAUAUGUCUUCAGUUUUUGUUAUUUUGGCAGUGUAAUUAUGUUGGAUGGUAAUUAAACGACACGGACCCAGA